UCACAUUUUCAGGUAUGCAAAAGCUCAAUUUUUGUCGUAAUUGUAUACGAUUAAAAUGAGGCUAUCGACUUCAUCAUUUCAUGUUACCCAAUUUAAUUCAGGUCUACCUUCUUUUUCUAUACUUGGAUCUUUGGUUGUGGUUGGUUCUCUCACAACAGAAUUCGAUAUGAUAGUGAUAUGAGCGGAGUUGUUUAAAAUCUACAAUCCUGCAAUUGCAAUUUGUAUCAUCUCCUUCAAAAACUAUAAGUAUAUGACCAGUAUUCUUUUUGCGUAGAAAUUCUAAGAUACAAUGGGGUAUCCUGCAAUAUAGGUGUGUGUGUGUUAGGAAAAAGCUUUUAAAACCUCUUUAAAAUGGUUUAUUAGCUGAAUUAACUGUAGAAUAAGGAAAAUUGGUUGAACAUGUGUAAAUCCCAUUCAUUUUAUUUCGUAUGGAAAUAAAUAGGAGCUCGAUAGUGAUAUGAGUGGAAUUUCAAUCAACCCGGUGCUAGAGGGGACAUAUCUUCUCUAAGAAGAGCGCUACAUGCAUGCCUCGAUCAAUAAUUUCUCUCCAUAUCCUUAUUUCUCUAAUUAUUGCAAGCAAGCUGAACUAUGUGCAAAACCAUGGUUUUACUACAUGGACAUGUUAACAAGUAUCCAUUCACAUGUAGUUCUUAUACUAUACCCAUACCGCAAGGAGGAUAUCUUUGAAUGUUUUCGUUUUUUAUCUUCGAAAUAGAGAAUAUAGGAUGUUGCGUGAUGGGCUAAAGGUCACCAAUUUGAUGACCUUGGGGGAGAGUGCAGUGAAGUAGUCAUAGAGAGAGGGGAAAUGUGGAAAUGUAAGGGAGAUUUGAUGUGAGAUCAGGAUCAGGCUUUGUUGUUUAUUCAAGGAAUUUAAAUUGAUAAUCUCUGUAUAUUUUAUACGGAAAAAGAUUUAAUGUCUCUUGCCCAAAUAUGGCUAGAUGGAAAUGAGACACUUUUCAAUACAAUUGAUAGGGAUGGCAAUAUGGCACUGGCACCUAUCAACAUGGCCAAUGGCCAAGGCUUAACACAUGAUCCACUUGUUGUGCUCGUGAAUGAGGGAAAUGCAAGUGCAAGUGAGAUUUUGGCUGGAGCUCUACAUGACAAUGGCCGAGCUAUCCUUUUUGGGAGCAAAACCAUUAGGAAAGGAAAAAUUCAGUUUUGGGGAAUGCUAAUAAUCUUGACUCAAGCCAUGACAACACCACUUGCCGGGAGGAAAAGAAGUCAUGACACUGCUCAAACCUGCGGUUUACAAUAUGACUGGAAGAUAGCACUGGCCAUCGCUACAGCUCAUGGGUGGAUCGCUGAUCACUUUGAAGAACGACAAAUCUCCCUUGGCUUCUGUUGUCAAGAAUGCACUUUUAGAUACAGUUUUUAGCGUAUUGGAAUCCUUAUUUCAUCUAGGAAAUGUGGAACCCAAAGAUGGCUCAGGAAGUCAGCACUGAUAGUAUCUCAAGAUAUCCUCUUUGCGCUAUGGAUCCUGUAGAUUGUCAUAUCCCCUUUUGCUUAAAGUCCAAAAUAUUGUGUCAAGUAGAUUGUUAACACUGGCAGUACAAAACAUUGUAUCAUGUAUAUUGUCAUGUCUAGAGAAAGUAAAUUGGGGUUGAGGACUUAAAAUUAAUCAAGUUCUAUCUUUGAGAUUAUUCUCGAUUUGGGUUGUGCAAGAUCUCAUCACUAAUAUACUUUUGGUCUAACAUACCAAUAUACUGCAUGUCUGUCUUUAAA